UUUUUAGGACCCACCUAGAUAGGAAUCGAUAGGCCUCGAUAGGGACUCGAUGAUACACGGCUUUGGGAAUUUUUAGAACCUACCUCGAUAGGACUCGAUGAUACAAGGCUUUGUGAAUUUUAGAACAUAACUCGAUAUGAAUCGAUAGGACUCGAUAAGACUCGAUGAUACACUGCUUUGGGAUUUUUAGGACCCUUCUCGAUAGGAAUCGAUAGGCCUCGAUAGGACUCGAUAUGACUAGACUUUGGUUUUUUUGCCUUACCUCGAUAGGCCUCGAUAAGACUUGAUAGUAACCUGAUUAUAUUAUUCUUUGUGAUUUUGGAACCCACCUCGAUAGGCAUCGAUAAGACUCGAUAGAACUCGAUUGUUUCUGCCUCGAUAGUAACUGCCUUACCAGAUUGUUUUACAUUUUUAACAUUUUUUUUGUUUUUUUUUUCCAGAUGCCUGAACUUAUUGUGCCGUUGGAGAAACACUUUCCUGGCCGUGUCACUUAUAGGGGUAGUGCCUACUUGGAUACCCUUAUAGAGCAGUUUAAGAGGCAUGGUCUUAUUGAAAGGGCACAGGCAUGCCCAUUGGGACAGUUCUUUAAGGAAAAACUGUUUAGUUUUUCUGGGGUUCUGCUGCAUCAGCUAAUGUUGCGUAAGGUAGAAAGUAAGAAGCCUGAAGAGGGUCAGUUCUUCCUGGGCAACACUCCGUGUAGAUUUGGUAUUGUAGAGUUUUCCCUAGUUACCGAGCUAAAUUUUGGGAAAUCACCGUCCCUAGAUGAAUUGAAAGAGCAUCUUUCAAGUGAUCAGAUCAUCCAGGAAUAUUUUAAUGGUGAUUCGAAGGUUAGUUUUGGUCAGUUGGAAGAUGCAUUGAAGGCCUCCAUAAGCCCAGAAGAUGCAUUUAAGCUGGGUUUGUGCUAUUUGAUAGAGGGGGUACUGAAUGCCCCAGAGAAGACAACAACGAUAUGGGGAGAUUCCCUGAGGAUGGUUGAGGAUAAUGAUUACUUUUUCAAGUAUCCUUGGGGGAAGUUGUCAUUUAAGAAGGUUAGCAAAGGCCUUCAAAAGGACAUGAAGAGGCAAUUGAAACACUAUGAGGAGAAGAAGAAAGAGGGGUCAAGCAAAAAAUAGAAGGAGGCGAAGUAUAGUUUCACUUGCUAUGCAA